AUGAGAAUCCUUGUCGGAGUCAAAAGAGUCGUCGAUUAUGCCGUCAAGGUCCGCGUUAAACCAGAUAAGACUGGAGUCAUCACCGAGAAUGUUCAACACAGCAUGAAUCCUUUCGAUGAAAUCGCUUUGGAAGAGGCUGUUAAGCUCAAGGAGAAAAAGAUCGCCAAGGAAGUUAUUGCUUUCUCCAUGGGAGGUCCCAAAUCUCAGGAAGUUCUUAGAACUGCCCUUGCUAAGGGAGCUGAUAAGGCUAUCCAUGUUGAGCUUGCCGAUGCUGAGGCUGCUAAGCUCGAGCCUCUUCAUGUUGCUCAAACCAUCCAGAAGUUGGUCGAGAAGGAGAAGUUCGAUCUUGUUUUCGUUGGAAAGCAAGCUAUCGAUGAUGAUGCUGCUCAAACUGGACCUCUUCUUGCAGGUCUUCUUGAAUGGCCCCAAGCUCUGUACUCCAGCAAGGUCGAAGAUGGAGGAGACGGUUCUCUUAAGGUCACUCGUGAAAUCGAUGGUGGUCUUGACACUAUCAAGGUCAAAAUUCCUGCUGUCCUUUCCGCUGAUCUCCGUCUCAAUGAACCCCGUUAUGCCACUCUACCCAACAUCAUGAAAGCCAAGAAGAAACCUUUAGAGAAGCUGAAGGCUUCUGAUUUGGGAGUUGAUCUCACACCUCAAACUAAGACUCUUGAAGUAUCUGAACCACCUGUCCGCAAGGCCGGAGGAUUCGUUGCUGAUGUUCCUGAGUUGAUUUCUAAGCUGAAGGAGAAGGGAUUCGUAAAGGCUUAA